AUGAAAAACAUAUUCGAGCUACCACAGGAGCAAUUAAAUUCAAUUAUUAUGGAUGGUGAUGAUGUUAUUGAAACUGCAGUGGAAGAAGUUGUUAUCAGUGAGAGUGCUGAAUGCCAACGAAACAAAUUUAACAUGAAUGCCGAAGCAUACAAGAAUUCAUUAUCAUUAUGCAUGAGAGAAAAAUCAAUGAUAGCGUUGCCAUUUUACAAUAGGAUCAUCCACGACUUAAAACAGAAAAAAAGGUGUGCCGGUGUUGAAAUACUAUGUUCAUCAACAAAUGGUAAUCGAAUCGCUGUAAUUGAACAUUAUUAUCAAAAACUUGCCUGCAUUCGUGAUAUUAUUGAUCAAUGGUGGACAGUAAAUGUGUUAGUGGGAUUAUUCACUGUACCUCAUGAACUUGUUCAUUUAAAAGUGAUGAUUUACAGUAGAUAUCGAUGA